CCACCCUCUUUUGUGUACACACACUGUCCUUUCCUCCCUCUCUCUCAUUGAUUGAUCCAUCCAUCUACUCCAAAUAAUGUAAACGAAUCAACCAACUCUCCUUUUCUCUUUAUCAAUCGUUUCUCAUCUCAACCAAACCAACAAUCCCAAAUUCAACACCAAGUUCAUCACUUCAUCACCUCAACUUAUGCUUUUGCAGCAAUCACGUCACUCUCAGCUGUAACUUUUUUAAUCCUUUCUUCAAUCCCCAAGUCUUUGUUCAUACGGAUUUGCCGGAAACAUUUAAAAUACUCCCAUCCCAUUCCAUUCACUCCCCUACUCUGUUUUACUCUGUUUUCUCUACACACCCACUUAGCUUAGCUCACUGUGCAUCAGAAUCUACCCUACCCACCACCAAAUUUUAUACUCAAACCAAUCACAAACGUUCUUAAGGCCCUACCCUUCACUUUUUCUCCAGCAAUUCCGUGUCGUGGCAUACAAGGGUCUCUCUCUCUUUUCCUUUAUAUGCCAUAGACAGUAACCAUAGCAGAAAACAAAGAAAAUGGCGGUUGUGGAAGGCGACAAAGAAAGAGAGCCACUCAUUCCGGGGUUACCGGAUGAAGUUGCAGAGCUUUGUCUUCUUCAUGUUCCUUACCCUUACCAAGCUCUAGUUCGCUCUGUUUCAUCUUCAUGGAACAGAGCAAUCACACACCCUGCUUUCAAGAAAACUCUCUCUCGCUCAUACCUAUUCGUUGUUGCUGUGAAUAAAGCAACCGGUAAGAUUCAAUGGCAGGCGCUGGACCCAUCAUCGGCGCGGUGGUUCGUGCUUCCUCCGAUGCCGCUGAGCGACGCCGGUGGACAAACUUCCUUCGCCUGUGCAUCGCUGCCGAGACAGGGGAAGCUCUUCGUGAUGGGGAUGAAGACCGCUGUAGUAUACAGCACUGCAACAAAUCAGUGGUCGGUGGCGAGUGGGGUUCCCGGCGGGAGGUCGUUUUUCGCGGCGGAGGAGGUUAACGGGAGGAUUGUGGCGGUUGGUGAGCGCGGGACGGGAAUCUACGACCCGGAGAAAGAUAAGUGGACGAGGGGCGCUGCGCUGAGCGGGGAGCUGAAGAGGUACGAGGCGGCGGCGGUGGAGGGGAAGGUGUACGUGACGGAGGGGUGGUGCUGGCCGUUCACGCGCCGGCCGAGAGGGUGGGCGUAUGAUUCCGAGAGGGACACGUGGCGGGAGAUGAGGGAGGGGCUGAGGGACGGGUGGACGGGGGUGAGCGUGGCGGUGGAGGGGAAGCUCUUUGUGAUCCCCGAGUACGGUGACUUGCCGGUGAAGUUUUACGACGAGGGAACUGACACGUGGCGGUGUGUGGCUGGGGACAGGUUUCCUAGGGAAGCAAUGCAGAGACCCUUUUGUGGGAGGGGUUUAGAUGGCAAAAUCUAUGUGGUCUCUUCUGGUUUGAAUGUGGCCAUUGGGAGUGUUGUUUUUGUUAACAAUGUCCCCCAACAUGAUAGUCACAAUGACAACAACAAUGGUGGACAAGGUGUUGGGGUUGAGUUGACGUGGCAGGUGGUGGAGGCGCCACCAGCUUUCCGCGAAUUCUCACCUUCUAGUUGUCAGGUGUUGUAUGCUUGAUGAAGUUCGAUUCUCAACUCUUGUCUCAUGCUCCUAACCGUUAAGUGCGCUGAUUGUAGAUUAACGAUUUAUCUUAUCGAAACCGACCAUCGGAUAUCUUUGAUUAAGACGAAAAGGUGUUGUAUGCUUGAACAUGAACAACUACAUUUGCAACUGUUUAUUGAGUAAUGGCCAGGGUGGAUAUGUUUUUAUUCACUAGUAGUGGCCAGGGUAGACAACAGACACUUUUUUGUUUUUGUUCUUGUUUUAUUAGGCAUGUCUUCACAUUCUAGCAAUGCUUCCAAUGUAUUUUGGGGGGUAUUGGGGGCAAUUUUGUUUAUUUUAGUGAAAAGGAUGAAUGGAAAGGAGAGUUGAGUUGUUAGUUAAA